UAUCAGUUAGCUCAGUGGUUGUAGCUCAGGGAAAGGGAGAGUAGAAUGGGUGGUACCUUUUGCUUCAGGGAAGGACAUUCAUCUCACAUAUGUUUCCAUUUCACACCCUACCUGCCUCUGCUUGUGUGUGUGUAGAUGUGUCUGUUUGAGAACAAAUGUGUGUGUGUGUGUGUGUGUGUGUGUGUGGGGGCUUUGUGUGUUGGAUCACCUUCUUGGCAAACCUGAAUCUAUGGUUCGAGAGAGAUGUCUGUGACUUGGGAGUACAUGAUGGGAGAGGCUUACUAUGAAGAAGGAACAUGGGCCUUUAGCUGCCUCACUGGCUUAUGCAAGCAAGACGGUCUAGUACACAGGCACCAAACGAGAACCAAGGUCUGACAUUCCAUCGGAUGGAAAGUGCCUGAAGAAAAUUAAAGGAGAGAGGAAUUGAGAACAGAUGAAUCAGUCACAGAAAUACAGGGAAGCACACUGGACGCCAUGAGGGAGGAGAGUGAAGGAAUUUUACGGUUUCGACUUUCUCUUGAUGAACACUGACAAGUCCACUUAAAGCCUGCCGUGCUCAGGGGAGAGUGUCCCCUGAUAUAAUUCCAAAGUCCUUGGGAUCUUGAAGGCAAACACACCCUUAUGCCAGGGCCUGAGUGGGUCUUCCACAAUGUCAUGGUAGCAUUGAAUGCCAAAACAUCAACCCUUGAAAAAAAAUACUGUAGACUUUGACAAUGCAUGUUGUCUAACACCAUUCUGAAACUGGUUUCCAGCAAAAGCUUCCUCUAGUAUCAGCUCAUCUGUAUCACCAUAUCUUUUUACAUUGCAUACAUUUACCAUCCACUCUCCCACUUCCUGGGUUUACCAGCUCAAGUCCAGGUGCAGUUGACCAUGGGGUGCCGGCAGAGUUCAGAGGAGAAGGAGGCCGCCCGGCGCUCACGUCGCAUAGAUCGACACCUCCGCUCAGAAAGCCAGCGGCAGCGGCGUGAAAUCAAACUCCUGCUGCUCGGCACAAGCAACUCUGGCAAGAGCACCAUCGUGAAGCAGAUGAAGAUCAUCCAUAGUGGAGGCUUCAACCUGGAGGCCUGCAAGGAAUACAAGCCCCUCAUCCUCUACAAUGCCAUUGACUCGCUCACCCGUAUCAUUCGCGCCCUUGCCACCUUGAAGAUCGACUUCCACAACCCUGAUCGGGCUUAUGAUGCAGUGCAACUCUUUGCCCUCACCGGGCCUGCCGAGAGCAAGGGUGAGAUCACGCCAGAGCUCCUGGGGGUGAUGAAGCGCUUGUGGGGCGAUCCAGGGGUCCAGGAGUGCUUCUGCCGGUCUAAUGAAUACCACCUAGAGGAUAAUACAGCCUAUUAUCUUAACGACCUGGACCGCAUUUCUGCGCCAGAGUACAUCCCAACCGUUGAGGACAUUCUGCGCUCACGUGACAUGACCACUGGCAUUGUUGAGAAUAAAUUCACCUUCAAGGAGCUCACCUUCAAAAUGGUUGACGUUGGCGGCCAACGUUCAGAAAGGAAGAAGUGGAUCCACUGUUUUGAGGGUGUGACUGCCAUUAUAUUCUGUGUGGAGCUCAGUGGCUAUGACCUCAAGCUUUAUGAAGACAACCAGACGAGCCGUAUGGCGGAGAGCCUGCGUUUGUUCGAUUCCAUCUGCAACAACAACUGGUUCACCAAUACCUCGCUCAUCCUCUUCCUCAACAAGAAGGACCUGCUGGCCGAGAAGAUCAAGCGUAUUCCGCUGACCGUCUGCUUCGCUGACUACAAGGGGCAGAACACCUACGAGGAGGCGGCCGUGUACGUGCAAAGGCAGUUUGAGGACCUCAACCGCAACAAGGAGACCAAGGAAAUCUACUCGCACUUCACUUGCGCCACUGACACCAGCAACAUCCAGUUUGUGUUUGAUGCGGUGACGGACGUGAUCAUCCAAAACAAUCUCAAGUACAUUGGGCUGUGCUAGGACGAGGGGACGGGGAGAGGGGCGGCAGGCACGGC